CAUCCGAUCCCCAUCUUCAAUGGUAAAACUUGUUGAAAGUUAUUUAAGAUGGACUAAAAAGGUUAAUGGGCCAAACACCAAUAAAGCAUCUUCACUGACGUUGGGAAGAGGGCAUAAUCCACCGACAGAAUGCAGCUGUAGCCCAUGCCCAUGGUGAUGACAAAGCCUCUUUUCCACUUAACCGCGUAAACCAACCGAAAUUACCUGUCUUUCUCUCCUCCAUUUUCCUUCCAUCUCCGACCAAAUAUGAACUAAUCAAAACCCAUUUUCUGUUUCCUCUCUUUCCAUUUGAUUUCUCAAUCCCUUCCUCUAAUGGGGUCUCUCCCUUUAUCUUCAGACACUUCCCUUUCUUCCUCACCAUUUCCUCAAAAAUCCCCAAAUCCGGUUCCAAAUCAGACUUCCAUCAACGAAUCUACACUCCUCAAUCUCUUCAAAUCACAACAAAAUCACCUCAAUUUCUUCUUCCACAAUCUAGACCUCUCCCAGGCACUCAAAUUCACCGUUACCCUUCUCAAUUCCCCUGGAACCAUCUUCUUCUCCGGCGUCGGCAAGUCCGGUUUCGUCGCUCGCAAGAUCUCACAAACCCUAGUUUCCCUUGGCAUUCGCUCUGCAUUUCUUUCCCCUCUCGAUGCGCUUCAUGGGGAUAUUGGCAUUUUGAAUUCUGGCGACGUUCUUGUGAUGUUUAGCAAAUCUGGUAACACGGAAGAGCUUCUUCGUCUUGUUCCUUGUGCUAGGGCUAAGGGUGCGCUUCUCAUCGCUGUGACUUCUGUUGAAGGCAAUGUGCUUGGUGGGGUUUGUGAUAUGAAUGUGCAUUUGCCUCUUGAGCGUGAGUUGUGCCCUUUUGAUUUGGCCCCAGUUACCUCUACUGCGAUUCAGAUGGUUUUUGGAGAUACUGUGGCUAUCGCGCUUAUGGGUGCGAGGAAUUUGACAAAAGAGGAAUAUGCUACCAAUCAUCCAGCUGGGAGGAUCGGCAAGAGCCUCAUUUUCAAGGUAAAGGAUGUGAUGAAGAAGCAGAAUGAGCUUCCUGUCUGCAAAGAAGGAGACCUAAUAAUGGAUCAAUUGGUUGAGCUUACAAGCAAAGGAUGUGGAUGCCUACUUGUCAUAGAUGACGAGUAUCGCUUGAUUGGGACAUUUACAGAUGGUGAUUUGAGGCGCACUCUCAAAGCUAGUGGUGAAGCCAUCUUCAAGCUCACUGUAGGCGAAAUGUGCAACAGGAAACCAAGAACAAUCGACCCUGAGGCAAUGGCAGUUGAUGCGAUGAAAAAGAUGGAAGCACCUCCAUCUCCUGUGCAAUUUCUUCCAGUGAUUAAUCAGCAAACUAUCUUGAUUGGCAUUGUCACAUUACAUGGUCUAGUUUCUGCAGGACUUUGAUUCGCAUUUGUUAUACUUCUGUUUGUUUUUAGGGUUUUCUAUUAUUUUUCAAUUCUUUGUAUUACUGUAGAACAUUUGUAGUGAUUACACAAAUGUAAGAGAACUUGAUAUGUAGAGGAUAAAUCAUUAUAUAUUCUUAAAUA